ACUUCCUGUCCGUCAGGUGUUGACUUGUUGAGGCUCAUCUGACCAGUCCUCAUUACUUUACAUCCGCGUUUCGUUAAUUAUUUCUUAUUUGGUGGUACAUAUACGUUUUAUGAGUGUUGUUGAGUGGGGUGGUUGUUGAUGGGCAACCAGCAGUUAGCGGCCAAGGGUGAUGUGGUGUGAGGCUUGUGGGUAGCCGGCCUUGACCCCGACCCCCUCACCGGGUCAUUGUGGCGUCUGCUGGGGUCAGGCCCUGCUGCUGCUGCUCCCUGCUUCUUCUUGCAGCUCUACACGCAUUAACAUCAUACAGCACACUCCUGGAUUUUAUGUGAUAAGUGAUACGAAAAGGAACCUGUAUUUUAAGCCAUUUUAGCGGAACUUUGUUUUUAAUUUGGAAUCCGUACUGGAAUCUUAGUUUUAUUGAAGUUUGAAAGUUAUGGAGAUACCGAACGAGGUGUUGUGGAUGACGCAGGAGGCAGUGUGGGCCUCGCUGGAUCGGGACGAUAUUCUCCAGUCGCUGGCUGGCCACUUCUCCAUCCCUCAGCUGGUGGACGCCUUUCGGUUCAUGAAUGAGUGGAUAGGCUGGAGGGCUGACCGCGAGGAUGUCGUGCAGAGCCUUGCCUUCGAGGAGUCUCCCUUGAGCCCGUGUAGUUAUAGAGGAAGCACCCAGCACCUCGCCGCUACCUCCACACCGAACACUGCCUUCGACAGGAAGACAGAAUGGAUCACGCCAGUAAUGGUGAAGCACGGUAGGAGAGACAAGUGCGAGGUAAGCGGCCGCUGGAAACUGGGGGACGCCGAUGUCGUGGAGGACAAGCCUCCUGAUGCGGCUGUUGUUACAAGGGAGGUGGCUGCUCUUAGCCUCGAUGAGUACUGGAACACAAGUAAUUCUCCAAGUUUUGAAUCAUUCCACCCUCGUACUUCAGUUGAAGACACUAGAUUCCCGAGGAAAAGUUCUGCCAAUUCGACUAUUCCACUAUUAAUUCCUGCCAAAGUUCACCACAACUUGAGCAUUGACAGAGAGAAAGAGGGAGAACCCAAAGUGGAGCCGGCCAAGGAGCUUGUAGAAGUUGAAACAGUCGACCAUUCGCUUGUCAAACUGGCAUUCCGAUUUGAGCAGCUUGAGAAUCUUGAAAAUCUAGACAAUGGAGGAUUAAAGUGCUACAAGAUAAAGAGGUGUGCUACUCCAUACGUAAGAGUAUCGUUUAGUGGCAGCGGGGCUGACGACGACCCUGCCAGUCCCAUCAACAAAUGUUCUCCAGAGGCACACCUGCGGGCCUUCCCGCCAUCCCCAUGUGGCGCCGUGUCUGUCCACCACCUGUGCCGGUCCCCCACACCUACACACGAUACACAAGAUCCAGAACCACUCCAGGAGACUGACUGGUUUGUCCUUGAAAAAAAGAAUAUAGCUGUUCCUUUAGUAACUCUCAAAAUCUGGAAGCUAAUGAAGAAUUUUUGGAAUGAAUUGCCGGAGUUUGUUAGCACAAAGGCAGUGUUCGGGUGUCACGCGUCCAAGAAGUGCAUGCACAAGGAAGUCAAAAGUAUAAACCGUCUCUUGGAGCAACUUCACGCUAGAUUAAGAUGGAUUACUCCAGUCAUCAACAAGGAUUGUAGAACAAUGUGUGAUCAUGACCUCAGUGUUGAGGACUACGCUUUUCAGGAGGCUGUAGAACACAUGAAGUCUUGGCUUGUCAAAUUUUUCAUGGAAUGCGAGUUCAUAGGCUUCAACAUGAGCAGUUUGUCGUCUUACAACUUAAACAGUACCUUGACAGUGCUAAACUCCAGUACGGUCUCCACUUGCAGUGAGGCCGUUGAUAGGGACAGUCUCCAGCAGUCUUGUAAAACCGGGCAAGUUCUUGAUACAAAACCUUUAUUUACAGAAGGGAACCUGGAAGAUUGCCCAACUGUAAUUAAAAAUGAUUUGCUUUACUGGCUGUGGCAAGCAGUAAACUCAGACAUGGAUGAAGAAUUAAUAGUCCAUUUCACAGCGUCACAUUACAGUCUGCAGGAAGUCCAUCAGUCUAGAACCAUACUUGCUUCCUAUAAUUUCUCCUUGUCGUAUAUGAAGGGGGUGAGAGGCAUCCUGUUUGAGAUGCUGUCGGCCCUUCGCUCAGUAAUAAACACGCAGAACAAGACCAUCCCAAAGUUUGUAAGUGUUGAUGUUAAUAACAGACCGUCAGUGCGACCCAUGAAGGCAUCGAGUAUAAUAAAGGACCUGGAGGUGCUUGGGGACAUGGCGCACACAAUGACCACGAAGCUUAGUUGGCUGCUGCCAGAAGCUCGCCGUUACUCCUCCGCCAUGGAAGCGGCUAGCAAGGGAACGCUUGAAUCUCACUUGAGUGCUAUUGGUAAUACACUAGCCGAUCUCAAAACUAUGCUAGACUGGGAACUUGCUAGCUCACAACAUGGCUCUGGGGCAUCAGUUCUUGAGACGCCGGUGCCUAUGGCGUGCAGCCAGCCCGCCUACAUGUACCAUACACGCACCUCUGACGUGACACGUGGAGGUUUGUUACAGUGUACUGAAGCAGAGACCACAGGAGGAUACUGGCCAGGUAAUGAUGGAUCUAUUGGCAGCUGGUAUGGGGUCAACAUGGGUGAAGCAAAGAUGGUGGUGGCUCCCAGUAACACGCUCCUCCACUCAACGUAUCCCCCCUACACGUCUCUCCGUGAGAAGCACCCACAGGUGUGCGCACAUACCUCUCGCCACCAACAUAUCACGGAGCAAUGUGCCAAAGUAACAACGCCUCAGCCGCCCCAGAGACCGUGGAUACCCCUCACAGAGUCCGACAGAACUAAACCUUCAUGUAUAUUCACUGUGAUGUGUUACAACGUGUUAUGUGACAAGUAUGCAACACGACAAAUGUACGGGUACUGUCCUUCGUGGGCAUUGGAGUGGGAAUACAGGAAGAAAGGCAUCAUGGAUGAGAUCAAACACUACCUUGCAGACAUCAUAACUUUACAGGAGGUAGAAACAGACCAGUUCUUCAACUUUUUUCUUCCUGAACUAAAGAAUGAUGGUUAUGAUGGAAUUUUCUCACCAAAGUCUAGAGCAAAGCACAUGUCUGAAAAUGAAAGAAAAUACGUUGACGGUUGCGCCAUCUUCUGGAGAACUAGCAAGUUUACCCUGGUCAAAGAGCGAUUGAUAGAGUUCAACCAGUUAGCAAUGGCAAAUCAUGAUGGAUCAGAAGACAUGUUGAACCGUGUCAUGACGAAGGACAACAUUGGCCUUGCUGCACUGCUGGAGACCAAGGAAGCAGCUUGGGAGAACACAGAAGUUCUGCCAGACAAAUCCCAAGUGAACCAAUCUGUGCUAGUUUGUACAGCCCACAUUCAUUGGGACCCCGAGUUUUGUGACGUCAAACUCAUCCAGACAAUCAUGUUGAUGAGCGAGAUACGGCAAAUAAUUGGUCAAAUUGUUGAUGAAUCGCAGCACAGAUCAAGAUUGGGUAGAAAAAUAGACCCUGGUUCCAUCCAGCUUCUCUUGUGUGGUGACCUCAACUCGCUCCCAGAUUCAGGUGUUGUUGAGUUCUUAACAAAAGGCAGUGUUUCUAUGGACCAUGAAGACUUCAAGGGUUUUGGGUACAAGACCUGCCUACAGAAGAUAGCAAUGACCAAGAACAAUAAUUCCUUGGUUAACUCAAGUGCUAACAUUUAUACCCACAACUAUAGGCUCUCUGCAGCAUACGACUUCGCAAUCAUGGCAUAUACAAAUUAUACGUAUGACUUCAAAGGGAUUAUAGACUACAUCUUCCACAGUUCUGAUACCAUGUCAUCUCUAGGAGUUUUAGGGCCAAUUGACCCUGACUGGUUUAGAGAGAACAAGGUCAUGGGUUGUCCACACCCUCAUAUCCCAUCAGGUAAGAAACCUUACGUGUACAUGUCUACUUUAGUGUAGUGUAGUGUAGUUACG